AUGGCUCGCUUGAGCAAGCAAGAAAAGAAGAAGGCGUACUUCGAGCGCCUAACUCACCUUGUGAAGACCUACCCCCAGAUCCUCAUUGUCAGUGUUGACUAUGUGGGAUCAAGGCAGAUGGCUACUGUGCGCCACUCCCUGCGGGGCAAGGCUGAGAUUCUGAUUGGAAAGAACACUAUGAUUCGCAUGGUGCUGAAUACCAGUUUCCCUAACUCUGAAGCUAUUGGUAAAUUGCUUUCCUGUGUCAAGCUUAAUGUUGGAUUUGUAUUUUGUAUGUCAGAUCCAUUAGAGAUCAGAAAGAUUAUUCUUGACAACAGGGUCCCGGCUCCAGCUAAACAAGGUGUUAUCGCACCAUGCGAUGUUUUCAUCUCUGCUGGUGCUACUGGUAUGGAUCCCUCUCAGACGUCUUUCUUCCAGGCUCUUGGUAUUUCCACCAAGAUUGUCAAGGGUCAGAUUGAAAUCCAGAAUGAUGUGCACCUUAUUAAGGUGAACGACAGGGUUACAGCUUCGAGUGCUACAUUGCUACAAAAGCUUAACAUGAAACCUUUUUCAUACGGUCUUAAGAUUGAGAAGUUCUACGAUACAGGUCACCUUGUGGAGGCAUCUGCUUUGGACAUCACUGAGGAGGACAUUUUGGACUCUGUGAAGGCUGCCGUUACGAAUGUCAACGCAUUCUCUUUGGCUAUCGGAUUCCCAACCAAGUUGUCUAUUACACAUUCGCUCAUUGGAGCAUUCAAGAACUGUGUGUCACUUGCGCUUGAGACCGAUAUUUGCUUCAAGGAGAUGGAAGGAAUCAAAAACAGAUUGGACAACCCAGAACUCUUCGCCGCCGCUGCUGUCGCGGCACCAGUCGCUGUUGCUGAAGAGGCUGCUCCAGUGGCAGCUGAGGAGCCUGAGGAAGAAGAAGAUGAUAUGGGUUUCUCCCUCUUUGACUAA